ACGGGGUAUAUUUACGACGGAGAGAAAUGUCAGUUUGGAAUAGAUAUCUUCGUUUGUCCACGCAAGGGGGAAAUUUUCUCUUUUGACCAAAACGUCACCAACCCCGUUUACCCUUGGUGCAUUCCCAAUUUCUCUACCCUCUGUCAUUGCUCUUACACAUCCGAUACGUUUUGUUCUGGAGGCAGCAACUGGGUUUUGAAAGUGUAUCCAAAUGGAGAUCGUUGUGCAACGGAUAAAUAUUUGUCACUCUACCUAUUGAGUGUGGAUAAUGAUAUCAAUUACGUUAAAGCCACGCUACGAGUUCUAAACCAAACCCCAUGCAACAACGUGGCGAAGCAAGUUGAGGGAUGGCGUAAUGCAGCAUGCAAUAAUGGAUGGGGUUUCCAGGAGUUUAUAAGUCUUGCAGAUCUUACAGAUCCAUGCAAAGGUUUUGUUGUGAACGAUGUGCUUCAAGUUCAAGUCGAGAUCACGGCCUUCUCCAAACACACUCCAUGCUAGGGCUUAUGGCUCAAACCGGAGAUCUCUUCAAACUACUCAAAAACAUUAUAUAUCAUCAGUGGAUCGCCGGAGCCAUGAGAUGCGAGAUCCUUACCUAUCUUUUGUUUCUAUAUGUCCAAAAUAAGAAAGGUUUCUAUAACUCUUUCCCACAAUCUACUCUUCUUCUUUUUUUUUUUUUAUCAAAAUAAAACAAAACUCUACUCUUUUGUAUAUAUUCUGAUUUAAUCAAAAGACCUACCACUAUGUUUGUAAU